ACGCGACGCGCGUCGACGCCGACGAGCACGACGAGCACGACGACCCCGCAUCCUGGAUGACAUCAUAUUGAGGACACCAGGAUCCGUUCCACGAUGCCCGAGUUCUCUCGCGCGGUCCUCGAUGUCGCGCGGGAUAUAAGCGGAAGAUGGACUGCCCCGCACGUUGCGUCCGCGUUCUCAGGGACCAAGAGGGAGGCGCCUGACCAAGGCGGGCUGCUGAGCGGCAAGGACCCGUCCGCAUUCAACACCAGUGAUCCCUUAAGGCUAUGGAUCAUCCAAGUCGGCAUCAUCAUUAUGAUGACCCAGCUGCUUUCGCUGGGUCUUCGCAGGAUGAAACAACCCCGAGUGAUCGCUGAGGUUCUGGGUGGCAUCAUUCUCGGUCCUACAGCGUGCGGUCGCAUACCUGGUUUCACCAAGCAUGUAUUCCCGGACGCAUCCCGCCCAUACCUCUCCCUUGUCGCCAAUAUCGGCCUGGUCCUCUUCCUUUUCCUUGUCGGGCUCGAGAUCGAGUCCUCCGUCAUCAAACGCAAUGCCCGUCUUUCGGCCACAGUAGCUCUAGCCGGGAUGGUGCUGCCCUUCGGCCUGGGCGCGGCACUGUCUGUCCCACUCUAUCACCAAUUCAUUGAUCAAAGCGUCAAAUUCACGAACUUUAUGCUAUUCACGGGUGUCGCGUACUCGAUCACUGCCUUCCCUGUCCUCUGUCGCAUCCUCACAGAGCUCAAGCUACUCGAUACCACCGUCGGUAUCGUCGUCCUUUCCGCCGGCGUUGGCAACGACAUCGUCGGUUGGACCCUCCUCGCGCUCUCCGUCGCCCUCGUCAACGCCGGCUCGGGCCUCACCGCGCUCUACAUCCUCCUCGUCUGCGUCGGCUGGACGCUCCUCCUCCUCUUCCCGAUCCGGCUCCUCCUCCGCUGGCUCGCCCUCCGCACGCGCUCGCUCGAAGGCGCCGGGCCCUCAUCCUUCUUCAUGACAUGCACCAUGCUCCUCGUCUUCGGCUCCGCCUUCUUCACCGACAUCAUCGGCGUCCACGCCAUCUUCGGCGCCUUCCUCGCCGGGCUCAUCGUCCCCCGCGACGGCAACCUCGCCAUCCAGCUCACCGAGAAGCUCGAGGACAUGGUCUCCAUCAUCUUCCUCCCCCUCUACUUCACGCUCUCGGGCUUGAGCACGAACCUCGGCCUGCUCGAUAACGGCAUCACGUGGGGCUUCACGGUCGCGAUCUGCACGCUCGCGUAUGCGGGCAAGAUGGGCGGGUGCACGCUUGCGGCGCGCUGGGCCGGCUUUUCGUGGCGAGAGGCGAGCACGAUCGGCAGCUUGAUGAGUUGCAAAGGACUCGUCGAACUGAUCGUGCUCAACGUCGGUCUUUCCGCCGGCAUCCUUAGCCCUCGCGUCUUCUCGAUGUUCGUCCUCGAAGCGCUGCUUCUCACCUUUAUGACCACCCCGGCCGUCAGCGUCCUAUACCCACCGCACCUUCGCACGCGCGCGGCCGGCGCCGGCGCCAACUUCGCGAGCGUUGCCGCCGACGAGGCCGGCACGUCCCGCCCUCGCGAGCGUCGUAACAGCGACGACGACGGAAGCGAGUGGAGACGGCAGUACACCGUCGUGCUCGACAAGAUCGAGCACGUCCCCGGCAUGAUGGCGCUCACGGAUCUCUUGCGUCUGCCCUCGGCGGACGACGCGCGGUCGGCGCACACGACGGACGAGCCGCGGCUCAAACGCGACCCGAGCUCGUCCUCGUCCAAGACGAGCACCGACCUCGUCCCCGCCCCACGCGGGCGGGAGAAGCGGCGGGAGAAGAAGGACGACGCGACGCGCGUGGACGCGCUCAGGCUCGUCGAGCUCUCCGACCGCACCUCCGCCGUCAUGCGCGAGCUCGACCGCGCGGCGGGCUCGCUCGCCGACGCGCUCGCGCGCACCGACCCCCUCCUGGCCGUGUUCAAGAUGUACGGCGAGCUGCGCGGGCUCGCGGUCUCCGCCGCGGUCGCCAUCGCGCCGUACGAGGAGCUCGCGGCGUGCGUCGUCGAGCACGCCGCGCGCACGGGCGGCCAGAUGAUCCUCCUGCCGUGGCUCCCGCCCCACGCGCCCGCGCACGAGGCCGGCGCCGCCGCCGAGUCGAACCCGUUCGACAUGCUCUUCGGCGGCGGCGGCGGCGGCAGCAGCGGCAAGGAGCAGCACCCGCAGCACCCGCACCAGGGCGCGGCGUCGGCCCACCACGCGCACUUUGUGCGCUCGGUGUUCGCGAAGGCGGGCGCGGACGUGGCGCUGUUCGUCGACCGCGGGCACGCGCCGGACGAGGCGCGCACGGCGGCGGGCGCGAGGAGGCACCACGUUUACGUGCCGUUCUUUGGUGGGCCGGACGAUCGGCUGGCGGUGGAGAUGGCGGUGCGGCUGUGCCGGAGCUGGAAGACGCGGGCGACGGUGGUGCGCGUGACGAAGCGGGAGGUCGGGGCGGAGGAGGAGGGCGAGGGGUUGGAGAAGCCCGAGAGGGCGUACCUCGGCGAAGGCGCGGAGGCGUACGUGAGGGAGCAGGGGGGCGCAACGUUGCAGACCACGAUGACGGGAUUCCCGGAUACGGUGUACGGCCAGCACAACACGCAGACGCGGAUGCAGUCCGAGACGGCGGAUAACGUGCUCUGGAGCAAGUACGCGGAGCACGUCUCGGUCGAGUCGGCGGACCCCUCGGGCACGGGCACGAGCCUGUCCGCCGCGCUCGCGCGCGUCGAGUUCGUCGAUCUCGCGAGCCCACGACCCCUUCACGCCGUCGUGCAACAGGUCGCCGCGCUGCUGCCCGUGAGUGUCGACGAGCGCGCGCGGCUCCUCGUCCUCGCCGGGCGCUCGCGCCGGCUCGCGGUCGAGAACCACGCGGAGGAGCUGAAGGCGAUGGUGGAAGAACACGGCGGGGUCAACGCGGAGGUGAGGAAGACGGUCGGGGACGUCGCGACGGCGUUCGUGCUGUCCGGGUUGAACGCCGGGCUCGUGGUCGUCCAGGCCGCGAGCGCGUCGGCGCAUUGAACCGCGGUCUUUGUUUUUUCGAGGGCUGGUCAGAGCUUCGAUCUCGGUGUUGGGUGUGCAUACUAUUCGUUCAAUCGUUCAUGCCUCCGCAUUUACUACUAUCCAUACUCGCGCAUCACGCUUCAUUUUUAUGUGUACUACCUUAACGCAACGACUUGACACGACUUUGAC